CUCGGCGCGGAGCAGGCGCAGUGUCAGCGACGCGAAGACUAGGCCUGAGGGAUGGGGAGUGAAGGGAAGGAGCAGUGGAGUGCUGCGAUGGUAGCUACUAGCACUGAAAGUCCAGGGAACGGACGGAGCAAGAAGCGGAUUCUGGAUGAGGAAUCGUACAUCGGGGUAGGACGCAGGAUGAAAGAAUUUGGAAGAAAUUAUCCAGCGAGACUUUUUCCCUGAUGUGGAAAAGUUACGUGCUCAGAGGGAGUAUUUGGAGGCUGAAGAGAGUGGUGACAUGGAGAAGAUGCGUGAAAUAACCAUAAAAUAUGGUUCCUCACUACGCAAACCAAACUCAGAGACUCCUGCAGCUUAUCUCACUCCUGCUAGUUUUGAAACACCAGAGGUUGUCCCAGGAUCUCCAUCGUCACAAAGUAAAACUGGACAAGAUGGAGGGCCAGCAGCUGAUGAAGCAGAGGGGGAUAGGAGGAAGGAAGAGAAGGAGUUGCCGACUCUGGACACCUUCUUGGGGAGAAGCACCAGCGAAGAUAAUGCCUCCUUCAACCAGAUCAUAGAGAUUGCUGAAGAGAGGAACAAGAUCAAACAUGCCUGGAUGUAUGAGGCAGAGGAAGGGUCAAAGCAGCGCCGUGAGGAAAUGCUGAUGCUGCCAUCAGCUGAGGUCCAUGCCAUCGUGGUCGGAAAAGCAGGAGUGGAAACCUGGGAGUAUAAGGCCAAGAAUGUUCUGAUGUAUUACCCGGAAGGAGUAAAGGAUGACGAGCUCUUCAAGAAACCUCGUGAAGUGGUUCACAAAAACACUCGUUUCCAGGGUGAUCCGUUUAGUCGAGCCCUGAGCAAGUCACAGUUACAGCAAGCAGCAGCUCUCAAUGCACAGUUUAAACAGGGUAAAGUGGGGCCUGAUGGGAAGGAGCUGAUCCCGCAGGAAUCACCCAAAGUGAACGGCUAUGGAUUUGUGGGGACCCCUUCACCUGCUCCAGGUGUGAAUGACUCCCCGAUGGUGACAUGGGGUGAAAUCGAAGGCACUCCAUUCCGUCUGGAGAGUUCAGAAAGUCCUCAUGUGGACAGGACGCCAGGACCAGCAUUUAAGAUUCUGGAACCAGGCCGGAGAGAGAGGUUGGGCCUAAAAAUGGUCAACGAGGUCGCUGCCAAGAACAGAACCAAGAAGCAGGAAGCUCUACGGAAAGCGACGCAGAGCCUAGUCAGUCUCUCUCCACAUGGAAUCAGUCCUGUCAUGUCACCAGCCCUGCAGCGUCUUGUUAACCGGACUACCAGCAAGUACACAGACAGAGCUUUACGUGCCAGUUACACCCCCACCCCAGCACACAAACGAACACCACAGUGCAAAACACCAUGUGCUGGUGGAACCCCUAAUGCACUCAGUGCUGUACACACCCCAAGCAGCCAGGACCCAACCUCCAUCACUGAUAACCUACUGCAGCUGCCCAGGAGAAAGAAAGCAGUUGACUUCUCCUAAUGCUGAACAAAUUCCUGUACAACUUGUCACCUCCCUGUCCCUUCAACUCAUAAGAAGUAACCAAGAUGAGCUGGAAAUUGGACUGAUUGGACUGCUAACGGGAAUAUUUAAGAAUGAAGGAUGAUUUCAUCGUAUUCGCAUCUACAUUCACCUGCUUCCCUGCCUAAGUAUCUUUUCUGUUUGUAUAAACUGGGUCCUUUGGGUGACUUGGACUCACUGCUCAUUUCAGCUCGGUGUCUUUGCCAGCUCCUCUGUAACCUGCGAACCUUGUAAAUGAGACAGUAUCAAUGGCAGCUGGUGCAGUCCUGAGUGAGAGUUGCACUGAUUUCAGUUCAACUACACAUUUUGUGAUCCAUUGCCACUGCUUCAGCAUCUCGUUGCCAGCACUAUAACUGCAGUUAGAACGCUGGGAAAUAUUUCCAUUGUUUAUUAAUGUCUUCAGUGUUCCCUGAUCCCACAAGAUCUCCAAACAGCCCUGCCUCCUCUAAUCACCAGUAAAAUUUGAGCCUUGAACCCAGAGGAGACUAUGUUACAGCUCCCUUAAAAUUAAAGCUUUCGUUCCAA